UCUUUGGUGAAUUCUCUGCCUCCACUCUAACGAGCGCAGUCUGUAGUUGCGUGUUCACAGCUGGUCUCUCCUCAGUCAGUCAUCCAGCAAGCCUCCUGUACCACCACACGCACUGUACACUAGAUCCUGGACUUGAUCAGAAAUGUUUUUCUGUAGAUCGGCUUGGCGGAGACUGGGGCUCCUGGCACGAUUGACAGUCGCCCUGCCUUUAUCCAGAAAUGUGGUUCCAGUGCGGCAGAUGUCCGUCGGGAUCCCCGGUGGCUCUGCCACCAACGUGGCGUACGCCGUUCUGUGUGGAGGAGGCCUCACUGCCGCUGUGGUCUACGCUUACAAGACAGUGAAUGGUGACAGUGAGCGGUACAAUGACCGACUCGCCGAGAUGAACUCGAGGCCCAAGGAAGCAGCACCAGCAGCAGAGGAAGCAGCACCAGCAGCAGAGGAAGCGGCACCAGCAGCAGAGGAAGCGGCACCAGCAGCAGAGGAAGCGGCACCAGCAGCAGAGGAAGUAGAAUCCCCAGAAGAACCGGCACCAGUAGAAGCAGAGGUGUUAGCCGAGGUGGUCGCUGAGACGGCCGCAGUCGAGGAGGUGCCUGCAGCAGCAGAGGAAGUCGUGGCAGAGGUCGCUGUCCUAGAGGCGGUUGCAGAGGUUGCUGCGGAACCAGAGGUCGUCGCAGUUGAGGAAGCGCCCGCAGUGGAAGUUGCCGUGGUUACGGAAGAAGUUGCACCGGAGGCUGACGCAGAGGCCGUCAUCGAGGACGUCGCAGAUGCGGCUCCUGGCGUCGUGGAAGAGGUCGUUGCCGUGGAGGCCGCCGGUGAGGAAGUAGUGGCCGAGACGGCUCCCACCGCCCCUGAGGCAGAAGCAGCCCCUGCCGCCGAGGUGGCAGCAUGAGGGGUCAAAGGUCAACCUAGAGGGGUGUGUUUAGCUGUGGUGUCCCUCUUACUACUACUACCCCCCCCCCCCCAACCCUACACCUGACCCCCCCCCCCCCCCCCCCCCCCCCACAGGCCCCCUCUACUCCCUAUUCCCUAUGUAGUGCACUACUUUCCCUGGUUUAAAGUAGCACCCUACGUACGGAAUAGGGUACCUUUCUGGAUCACUGCCCCCAAUCUACUAGCACAUGUUACAAUAGGAAGCAGGAGGUGGACUAUGUUCUGUUAAAGAACACUUUAGUUAGGUAUGAUGUCAUGGUGACGGGGACAGCUGUCUCCUUUCUGACUCCUUUACACCACAGCUAAAUACAUAGCCGUUUCAGGUUUUUAAAUAAUUCCCGCUCUAUUUGUCAAGCAACAUGGUCCUAUUUAUCAGUGGGGACAGGAGUGUUUUUUUUCUGGUCGGAUCAUGGUUGUUGGGGAAAACUCCUGGCUCUGUUUUUCUGAGGAGUUCCUAGGUGUUAAAGGGGAAGUAAAAGGGAGAUAUUGGAUUUAUGAUGGUACAUGUUGUCCUGACCCACAAACCUAUGUGCCUCUGAAAUGGCACCCUAUUCCCUAUAUAGGGCCCAUAGGCUCUGGUACAUUGUCACUAUAUAGGGAAUAGGUUGCCUUUUUUUGGACUCUUCUAAUGGAAAGUGUUCCCAAGUGGCCCUUAGAAUUCAGGACAGAAAAUGGCAACCUCUUUUCCUUCACUUUUGUCUGAAUGACUUUGUCCCUUAAGAUUCCAGAUGGAUGGCGGAGUUCUACAUAAUAAUGUCAGUCUGCCAUCUGGGCCAGAUGGAUGGCGGAGUUCUACAUAAUAAUGUCAGUCUGCCAUCUGGGCCAGAUGGAUGGCGGAGUUCUACAUAAUAAUGUCAGUCUGCCAUCUGGGCCAGAUGGAUGGCGGAGUUCUACAUAAUGUCAGUCUGCCAUCUGGGCUUUGUUAAAGUUUGCAGUCCAUUUUGACGAUGCGUUGAACGUGCUCCAAAUUCAGAUUGAAAGGAAGGUCAUGUGUAUGAACCUCGAGACGAUAAGCACUUCAAGCAGGUUAAAUGGUUAUUAUGCAAGUAAUAAAUAUACCAGUCAGAGAAGCAUUUUAAUUGCUUUGUGAACUGCAUCUUAUUGUGAAAUGUGACCAAAAAACUGCUAGCUCCUUCCUCCUCCCUGCUCUCUCCUCCUCCUCCUCUAAGUGCUGCUCACACCUCUCCCUAGGAUAAGCUCUAGAAGGAUUAGUCGGUGAUGUCAUAAAGCUCCGUGUUCCAGUGCCCAAAUGGAACUCCCAGUGAUUGGAACUUUGGGGAUCAGUUGGUUCUGUGUCCUCACUGAUCUCUUUAUGACAUCAUAUCUGUCUGAUCCUUCUUAUCACGUCCUAGACACUGUGCCAGGGAGAAGUCUGCCCCCACCAAGCACAGAUAAGGGAUCACUUCCCCCCUGCCCCCAAUGCUGAGUAAAUAGGGCUGCAACCAGUGGUUCCGGAAGUGGAUUCUCAACCCUCAAAGCCCGUAGUGGUAUCAAAUAUUAGCAAUAUUACUGUGCAACGUAGAUGUUCUAUUUUCAACCGAGAUUACAAAACAAUUUCUUAUUGUUGAUGUAGUGCCCAUCGGUGCCCUCUGAGAAAUCACGUUUGUAUUGUCAGUUUGUUUCAAAGAGCACCAAAGCCUCCACUCACCAUGGAGCCUCGCGGUCUGUAUUGUCCAAUCACAGAGCAGAUACAAGUCACGUGAUCUGUUAGCACCACAUGAUGUGGCAUCGAACAGAUCAGGUGACUUGGAUCUGCUCUGUGGUUGGAAGAUACUACAGCUAUCGCGUACCAUCAUGUGUUCGCUAACAAACCACAUUACUUGUAUUCUGCUCUGUGAUUGGAUGACACAGACCCCCCCCCCCCCCCCCCACUACACUUUUUAUAAAAAAUAAAAAAAAACAUUUUAAAGCCAUUUCUAAUCUUUUCAAUUAUUGGUUCAUCCUGGAACUUUGUGUAGCUAUUCAUCAUUUGAAACUAAUUGAAACGAACAAAGAAUUUGUGGCCCUGUCAGUUCCUGGAACCAUAACUGUGGGAAGAGGGGCGCGGCCCGUUGCAGCCCUAGGAAGUGUUUCAUUAAAAGCGGGGUCUUGGAUAAGUGCUUGGUGGGAAGGGACUUCCACUAAAAUACCUUGUUGUUUACAGAACCUCGAGCCUCUACCUUCAACUUCAAACCUCCUGUAACAAACUGUAGUCGUGCAUUUCUUCUUUACCUUCCUUACCUCCUAGUGGAACGUUUUGAUCUAGAACAGUCCACUACUACUUUAAUCAACCAACACUGUGUCGUAACCACGGUGACUGACACACAAACCAGCCAGGACUUACAUGAUGUAAUGAAGCUGCCCAGGACGAUGCUCCCAGGCUGCAUCACACAUUUCACUUGCCCUCCUACACACACUACACACACUACAACAUCACUUGAUCACACACACUACACAUUUAAUUAAAUUAUUUUACCUUUAUUUAACUAGGCAAGUCAGUUAAGAACAAAUUCUUAUUUACAGUGACGGCCUCCCCCGGCCAAACCCACCCCUAACCCGGACGAUGCCGGGCCCUAUUGUGCGCUACGUUUCACCAGAGCCCUAUGUUUGUGGCCUAUGGGCCCUGGUUAAAACUAGUGCACUUUAUAGGGAAUAGGGAUCCAUUUGUGAUGCAGACACACAUUCUACUAAUACUGUCACACUGUUUUUUUCCUUCAGCCAACCAAUCAUUCACCAUCUCUCAAUAGAACUUCAAAAAGUCCAAGUUUUGUUUUGUUAAUUUAGUUUAUUUGCGCCGAUGCUGUUACGAGUCUGUCUUUUUAUUUCCUAACUGUGAAAGGUAAACAUUAAGGGAACAUUUUUAUAAUAAACCCAACGAUCUCACUUCAACACUACUGUUCUAUUCCUCUCCGACUCAUCGACAUUGGAAAUGUUGUUCUGUCUGGAGAUGGUCGCCAUGGGCCAACUAAUAACGCACCUUGACACCUUUUAAGGAAAUGUUUUCUAAAGUAUCAGUGAAGGAGAGAUUCAGGAAGCUGAAGUCCUUCAAUAAAGACGUUGUCAGUUA